AGAGAGAGAGAGAGAGAGAGGGUUCUCUUUCAGAGUUUACGAAAAUCUCCGAGGGAGGGAGAACCAGAAUGUCGAGCGCUGCCCAAACCCCCUACAGCCCUUACCGCCUAGCCCACACCCUCACCCCGCACAGCCGCGCCGUCUCCUGUGUCAAAUUCUCCAACGACGGCCGCUUCCUUGCGUCCUCGUCCCUCGACGCCUCCCUCUUCCUUUACUCCCUCCCCUUCUCCAACCCUCCGUCCCCACCUCGCCCCCUUCUUGGCCACUCUGACGGCGUCUCGGACCUUGCCUGGUCCUCCGACUCCCGCUACGUUUGCUCUGCCUCCGACGACCGGACCCUUCGCAUUUGGGAUGCUCUCUCGACUGAGUGCCUCAAAACCCUCAGAGGACACUCUCACUUUGUAUUCUGCGUGAAUUUUAACUCCCAAUCGAAUCUAAUUGUUUCGGGUUCGUUCGAUCAGACUCUGAGGAUCUGGGAGGUUAAGACUGGAAAGUGUUUGAGGGUGAUCUCGGUAGCCCACCUUGAGCCGGUGACAUCGGCGCAUUUCAAUAGGGACGGUUCUCUGAUCGUGUCGGGAGGCCAUGAUGGGUCGUGCCAGAUUUGGGAUGCAGCCACUGGGGCGAGGCUCAAGACACUGAUCGAUGUGGGGCGGCCAGCAGUUUCCUUUGUGAAGUUCUCGCCCAAUGGGAAGUUCAUACUUGUUGCUACCCUUGAUGAUACACUUAAGCUGUGGAACUACUCUACCGGAAAGUUUCUGAAAACAUACACAGGUCACAUCAACCGAGUGUAUUGCAUAACUUCAACAUUUUCGGUGACAAAUGGCAAAUAUAUAGUGAGUGGAUCAGAGGAUCGUUGUGUGUAUAUAUGGGAUCUCCAGGGUAAAAACAUGGUUCAAAAAUUGGAAGGCCAUACUGACACUGUAAUUUCUGUUUCUUGUCACCCAACAGAGAAUAUGAUCGCUUCUGCUGGCCUGGAUAAUGAUAGAACUGUAAGAAUCUGGGUCCAAGCGAAGAACUGAGUGAUUUUGUCGAAAAUUUUUAUGAGAAAUAUCUUAGGUUUGCUGGCA